CCAAUAUAGAUAUUGGACACUGGGUUAGGGAAAAAGUAUAAAAGAAAGUUCAAAAACAUGGUCAGAGCAGAAACCUCCCUGGUGUUGGGGGAUUCUUAUUUGAAAGUUUGAAAUCUUCUUCGUCGUCUCAUAUUUUUUUAUUACUCCUAUUCUAGACGCCACAGCAGCCAGCCAUGGUAAGACUCUUUUCCUGACUCUUUUUCCUCAUCUAUCAUUCAUUCUUCUUUCAUUAAUAUACCUUCCACUGUCAUUUUCUUAAGUCUCAAAUAUCUUCUUCUACACUUUUUCUCCUCUUUAAGACCAAAUCUUUAUCUUCUUCACACCUCAACUCUAUAUGUAGCAAUAUAUCUCUCUAGUCCCAAUUCAACUACAGAUAAAAAAAAAAUCAUCUUCAUCUAUUCCCUUUCUAUUGUGUUCUUUUAUUUUUCAUUUUUGCUACAAACCCAGAAAGUUAAGUUCCUUGCUGGGUUUGUUCUGAAUCCCAAGUCUUUGUUUUCAUUUGAUAUAACUCUUUGUCACUUGGGAAUUUUGUUGAACACUUGCUCGACAAUUUGAGUUUUCCCCUUUAUCUCUAGACUACUUUCAGUGGAGAUCCUAUUUAAAUCUCAAAAAUCUUCCUUUUUUGUACUUUUUUUUUCUUGCUGGCUGAAACAUUUUCAAAUUUUGUAGAUCCAACAAACAAAAAAGAAAAAAAAACUCCGCUUGUUCUGUUUUCAGGUUCUUAAAAACUCCCGAGGAUUUGGUAAUCCAGAAUUGAAACUAAACAAGGAAUCUUAAUAGCUCAGUUGAUUGGCUACCUGAACAUUCACCUGAGGUUCGAUUACAAGGAGAUUACCACCUUGUAAUCCACUCCACCAUUUCCCCUACCCCUAUUUUUUUAAAAAAGAAUUGGUAUUAAACUUUCUGGAUUAGCACAAGGAAAUAGUUGUCUAAAAAUGGCAGAUACUUUUCACACCCCUAGUAAAAUAAACGAUUCAAGUGUGUUUCAGCUCACUGGAAAAAUACUAGUGGUGGCAAUCGUAGUUCUUUUUCUUGUUUUAUUUUUUAUCUUUUCCCUCCACCUUUACUCAAAAUGGUUCUGGAAUCGCCAUCGCCAAGCUGGCAACAGCGAUCCCAACAUCACCCGCAGGCGCCGCCGCUUCGAUUUUUCGCCAGGUCAUCAAGAAGUUAAUGUUACCACUGCUCUAUUCCCAGGGCUUGAACCUUCAGUUCUUAAAACAAUUCCAGUAGUUUUAUUUAAUCCUAAAGAAUUCAAAGAUGGAUUGGAAUGUGCUGUUUGUCUUUGUGAUGUAUCUGAAGGUGAAAAAGCAAGACUUUUGCCUAAAUGCAAUCAUGGAUUUCAUGUUGAUUGCAUUGAUAUGUGGUUUCAGUCUCAUUCUACUUGCCCUCUUUGUAGAAAUCCAGUGUCUAAAAUUUCUUCUGAUCAGAACCCCAUUUCCCAAGAAUCAACAGUGGAAGAAGAGGUGCCAAAUUUUCCAACUAAUGUGUUGUUUUGGGGAAAUGAGACUCAAGUGAGCACAUUUGGUCCAAGUUUGGAGGAAUCUUUACAAGGUUCUAAUUCUUCUAAUAACUCAGCUUGUCCUCCACCACCACCAUCAUCGUCGUCAUCAUCAUCAGGCUCAACGAGUGAUAGGCCGUGUGUGUCAUUGGUAAUUGAUAUUCCAAGGCCGAUUAAUGAAGUAGAAGAAGAACAUAAAUCUCCAAUGCCAACAAGAUUGAGGUCAUUGAAAAGACUUUUGAGUAGGGAUAGGAGGGGUAAUCCGUCAAGUCCCAGAAAUGUGGAUGUAGAACAAGGAGGCAGAUGAAGUGAACCUGCUUUUUGUUGAAACAGCAUGUUUGCUAUGGAAUUUGGAGAAGAAUGGUGUCUCCAGAAAUCUUAUUCAAUUGUUUAAAGUUUUUGAUUCUUGGUGCAGUUGUAAAGUUUGACACUUUCAUCUGCUUAUAGGCAGUGAAUAUAUUGUAUAUGUGUAAACAAUGCAGUGGGCAUCUCUAUUUGAGAAUGAAGCAAUCAAUUCUCUUACAGAAGAGUAUUUUAGUU